AUGGAAGAAAUCCUAAAUAUUCAAAAUUCGAUUGUUUUUGAUGAGUCUAUAGCUCAUUAUGAACUCCAUGCUCAUCAACCCUAUGGAGCGCCAUCUUUCAAUAAUAAUGAUGAAAUAAGAAUUGGAAUUCAACAUCAAGAUCUUUGCAUACUACCAUCUAAAAGUACUCCACAUAUUCAAGGAAAAUUUACAAAAAAUGAUGGAACUGCUGUUGCAAAUACUACAAGUCUAGUAAAAAUGGCUAUUGCUCAUUUAUUUGAAGAAGUCCGCUAUGAAAUAAAUGCUGUUGAAGUAGAUCGUAGUAAAAAUGUGGGACUCACAACUAUCAUGAAAGGUUAUGUAUCACUCACACCUAAUCAGGAAGCACUAUUGGAAAAUUCAGGCUGGACUGAUUCUGCUAUAAAUAAUGUAAAUGGAUACUUUGAUAUAUCAAUACCAUUGAGCUUACUACUUGGAUUUGCUGAAGAUUAUCGUAAAGUGAUUACUAAUGCAAAACAUGAACUCAUUCUUACAAGAUCAAAUACUGAUACCAAUGCAUACCUAAAAACAAUAGCAGCAGAAACGGCAAAAAUUGCUAUUCAAAAAAUAGAAUGGGUUGUACCAUAUAUUCGAGUCUCAGAUAAAGAAAAAAUUCAACUAUUAAACUACAUAUCAAAAGAUCCAGCUAUUUCACUGAGUUUUCGAGCCUGGGAGCUGUAUGAUUACCCUCUACUUCCUGCAACUUCAAAACAUAUAUGGAGUGUAAAAACAUCAACACAACUCGAGAAACCAAGAUAUGUGAUUGUAGGAUUUCAAACUGCACGUAAAAAUCAAGCUGAUAAAAAUGCAAGUCAUUUUGAUCAUUGCAAUUUGCGGGAUGUGAAAUUAUUUUUGAAUUCACAAUCCUACCCAUAUGGAAAUUUGAAUCUUGAUAUAAGCAAGAAUCAAUUUGCUCUGCUCUAUGAUAUGUUUACAAAUUUUCAAUUAUCAUACUUUGGGAAAGAGCCAGAACCAUUAUUAACAAAAACAGAAUUUUUAAAUCAAGCACCACUUGUUGUUAUAGACUGUUCUAAACAAAAUGAAUUUCUUAAAAGUGGACCUGUGGAUAUACGUUUGGAAAUCGAAUCAGUCGAACAGUUUCCUGAUGAUACAUCAGCUUACUGUUUAAUUUUACAUGAUCGAAUUGUAGAGUACAAACCUAUCAGUGGUUCAGUACGAAAAUUGGUAUAA